AUGGGUUUUAUGACUUAUCUCAAGUCACUUAUAAGGGAAAAUAUAAAAACGGAAAAAAAGUUGGAAAUUGAUAGAUUUUCUUUUUAGAAAAUUAGGUGUAAAAUUAUUGAUUAUAUAUUAUUAUUUUUUAAGUGGUGGUGGAUUAUAUGCUGAAGGAGGUUAGCUUAAGGUUGGAAGAUGGACUGAAUAAAGUGAUGGGUUUUAUGUUGAUUCUUAAGUAAUUUAUGAAGUUGAAUAUAAAAAUGGUGUAAAAAUUGGUCGAUGGAAUAUUUCUUAUAAGGAUAGGAAGUCAAAAAAAACUUAAUAAAUGUAAAUAAUUUCGAAUAAUCUUAUCUUUAGUGGAGGUGGGUAGUAUGAUGGAGAGGAUUCAAAAUAAAUUGGAAAAUGGAUUGAAUUAAGCGAUGACUUUUAUGAUUUAUCUCAAAUUAUUUAUAAUGGCGAAUACAAGAAUGGUAAAAAGGUUAGCAGAUUGUACAUUUUAUUUAGAGGGGACUUUGAUCAGGAAUUUAAAUAGAUGUAUUUUGUUGUAAAAGAAACGUUAUAGUGGUGGUAGGUUGUAUGAUGAAGGUGGUUCUUUCAGGAUUGGUAGAUGGAUUGAAUCAAGUGAUGGAUCUACAACUUGGUCCUAAGUCACUGUGUAGUUUUUUUCUUCUCUUAAAUGA